AUGGGGAAGAGAGUGGCCAUCAUCGGGGCUGGUGUCAGUGGCUUGGCGUCCAUCAGGAGCUGUCUGGAAGAGGGGCUGGAGCCCACCUGCUAUGAAAGGAGCAAUGACGUCGGAGGCCUGUGGAAAUUCUCGGACCAAGCUGAAGAAGGCAGAGCCAGCAUUUACCAGUCUGUAUUCACCAAUUCUUCCAAGGAGAUGAUGUGCUUUCCAGAUUUCCCCUACCCUGAUGAUUUCCCCAACUACAUGCACCACAGCAAGCUCCAGGAAUACAUAAAGACAUUUGCACAGAAGAAGAAUCUUUUAAGAUACAUACAAUUUGAGACCCUGGUUACUAAUGUAAAGAAAUGCCCAAAUUUCUCAGUCACUGGCCAAUGGGAAGUUGUUUCAGAAAAGGAUGGAAAACAGGAAUCCUCUAUUUUCGAUGCUGUCAUGAUUUGUUCAGGACACCACGUAUACCCCAAUCUGCCAACUGAUUCCUUUCCUGGCCUAGACAAGUUUCAAGGUCAUUACUUCCACAGCCGGGACUAUAAAGGCCCAGAAACCUUCAAGGAGAAGAGGGUCCUCGUGAUUGGCUUGGGAAACUCAGGAUCUGACAUUGCUGUUGAAAUUAGUCGUCUGGCUGCACAGGUCAUUAUCAGCACCAGAAGUGGUUCCUGGGUCAUGAGCCGGGUUUGGGAUGAUGGCUAUCCUUGGGACAUGGUGCAUGUUACCCGCUUUGCAACCUUUCUGCGGACUGCCCUUCCUUCGUUUAUCUCUGACUGGUUAUAUGUCAAGAAGAUGAACACAUGGUUUAAGCAUGAGAACUAUGGCCUAAUGCCUCUAAAUGGUCCUCUGCGCAAAGAGCCUGUGUUCAAUGAUGAACUUCCAUCCCGGAUCCUGUGUGGCAAGGUGUUCAUCAAGCCUAACGUGAAGGAGUUCACAGCCACCUCAGCUGUGUUUGAAGAUGGGACUGUAUUUGAGGCCAUCGAUUGUGUAAUUUUUGCAACAGGCUAUGGUUAUGCCUACCCCUUCCUUGAUGACUCCAUCAUCAAAAGCAGAAACAACGAGGUCACCUUGUUUAAAGGCAUCUUCCCUCCUUUCCUGGAGAAGUCAACCAUGGCAGUGAUUGGCCUUGUCCAGUCCCUGGGGGCUGCCAUUCCCACCACGGACAUGCAGGCCCGCUGGGCUGCUAAAGUAUUUGCAAAUUUAUGUGUCUUGCCAAGUAAAACUGAAAUGAUAGAGGACAUCGAUGAGAAAAUGGGAAAGAAACUCAAGUGGUUUGGACAAAGCCAGACUUUGCAGACAGAUUAUAUCUCGUACAUGGAUGAGCUGGGCUCCUACAUAGGGGCCAAGCCUAACAUACCAUGGCUCUUCCUGACUGACCCCCAGCUGGGCCUGGAGGUCUACUUUGGUCCUUGCAGUCCAUACCAGUUCCGUCUGAUGGGACCGGGAAAAUGGGAGGGGGCCCGAAACGCCAUCUUGACCCAAUGGGACAGAACAAUAAAGACAACCAGAACAAGAGCUGUCAGUAAAUCUCAGAGACCCCAACCCUUUCACAAUUUGCUGAAAAUUCUUUCAUUUCCAAUGUUUCUUCUGGCUGCUUUCCUUAUAUUUUAUUAA